CCAUUCUCAGCUCCUCAGUUCGUGGCACAGAUAUUUCCACCUAGAGGUAGGGCCAGGCUAAGUAUCUUUUAAAAAUGUAGCUACUCUUGGCCGGGCGUGGUGGCUCACACCUGUAAUCCCAGCAUUUUGGGAGGCUGAGGCGGGCGGAUCGCAAGGUCAGGAGACCGAGACCAUCCUGGCUAACAUGGUGAAACCCCGUCUCUACUAAAGAUACAUUUAAAAAAAAUUAGCCUGACAUGGUGGCAACGUGCCUAUAGUCCCAGCUACUCAGGAGGGUGAGGCAGGAGAAUCGCUUGAACUCAGGAGGCGGAGGUUGCACUGAGCGGAGAUAGCACCACUGCACUCCAGCCUGGGCGACAGAGCGAGACUCUGUCUCAAAAAAAAAAAAAGUAGCUACUCCCUGGGCCCAGUUCCUCAUCUAUUGAAUCAGAAUCUCCAGGGAUAGAAUUUUAUGCCUGUGAAAGUUUGAGAGAACCACUGCUGGGAACAAAACAUUAUUUUCAAACUGCUCUUAGUUUUGCAAGAGUAGUGGUUGGUCCCAGGGCCUGUCCCCAGUGUCAGGCAUACACAAAGACCUCCAUUUCUUUGUUCUUUCCAAAGGGCCCUGUGCCGUGGCUGCUGUCUUCCUGGGUACUUAGGAUCAUGUUCAAUACACUGGGGCAUCUCCUCUAGCAUCGGAUGGAAGGCCUUUAAGAGGGCUUGUCCUUUGCAUGAGGGAAGGGAGCAGUGCAUACGGAAGCUCCUCUCACUGAGAACGUCUGUGAAGGCUCUCUAGCCUGCAGCGUUGGCCAGGUUGGCUGACCAUAAGCCUUGGCUGCACACUGAAUGGCUCUGCCCUAGUGCUGGGCAUGCCAGGAGAUAAUGCUGUGAACAAAGUGACCACCUGACUCAGGACAUGCACAGGGCUCAUCCUCAUGGAUGCAGAGGCAGGACAAUGCCAGUGGACUCCCCAGGUUUCUCCUGCCUUGGAUUAGCUGGUGUUGGGUCAAGAUGCAGCCCUUAUCAGAGGCUUUCCUGGGCUUGGAGCCUCUCACUGCUGUGGCUGUGUGUCAGGUGGAGGCUGGCUUCCUUGUGAAGUCCCUGUGCAUAGAUGGCACCCUGGUCCUAGAGGAGGCUGGCUGGAAGUGAGCCACUCUUACUUCAGGUGCCAGUGAGGCUGAAUUUGCACUUGGAAAUGCGGGUGCCUGGGCAGCAUGAAGUCUUGGCCCAGCUUCUGCUACACCUGGGACUUGUGGCGCAUGAUAAGAGUGCAGGCAGUGUACGGUGUCAGAGCUGUGGCUGGAGGUCUCGCCACCCAUUUUUAGGGUGUGGCUGCUCUCCUGUGUGAAUUUUGGUGGAUCAGCAAGUUGGAUGUCAGAGAAAAGUGUCUUGUGAAGGAGACUUGUUUCCUACCUGUGUGAGUGCUUUGGGGAUGACCAGAGGGUACCCCAUGUCCAGCUCUUCCCAAAACUGGUCCUCUUGUAGGCUGUUUGACUGUGGGCUCUAGCGCUGGACCAUGUAAGCCAUUCUUAGCAAAGGUUUCAAGACAGACAUUGGGAUGGGAGAGAGCUAUGGGGCUGGAAGCUGUUCCUCUGGAGGACAGAAAGUUUUCCCCGCUUCAUUCGUGGCAUGAGCUCUUGUGAUUUUAUUUGUAAGCCUUUAUUAUUAUUAUUAUUUGAGACGGAGUCUUGCUCUGUCACCCAGACUAGAGUGCAGUGGCGAGAUCUCAGCUUACUGCAACCUCCGCCUCCCGGGUUCAAGUGAUUCUCCUGCCUCAGCCUCCCAAGUAGCUGGGAUUACAGGUGCCCACCACCGCGCCUGGCUAAUUUUUGUAUUUUUUUAGUAGAGACGGGGUUUCACCAUCUUGGCCAGGCUGGUCUUGAACUCCUGACCUCGUGAUCCACCUGCCUUGGCCUCCCAAAAGUGCUGGGAUUACAGACAUGAGCCAGUGCGCCCCACCUGUAAGCCUUUAUUUAGAUAGUUUCUUUCCACUUUUUACCACUUGGCAUUCUUCAAGUUCUUGUUCUCAUCUCUUUUCAGGAAGGAGAGGCCAUCCUUCCUCCCAAACAUUCUCUUCCCUUCAUUUGUCUGGGUAGGCGACAAGAAAACACGAUCCAUGGCUCCUGCGUCACACAGGGGCAUCGGGCUCGUUAACUGUCAAGAACGCUGCCAAACUUGUUUCAGCACGAAGCGUAGAAAAAAAAGACAAGAACUGGAUGAUAUUAAGUUGUCUGUCCAGGCUCACUUCCUCAAUUCAAAGCUGCACCCGAGGCAGUGUUUCUCAGGUUCCCUUCCUCUGCAAGACUCCAUUCGAGUCAGACAAGACUGGAGAGUUGUUAGAUGCCUCGAAGGCCAGAUGGUUCUCUCAGUCCAAUUCUCCUUUGUAUCACCCUCACCUGGAAGGAAUCCUGCCUCCCUGUGAGGAAAUCUAACAACCAGGGACUAAGGCUGCCAGGGAUUGAGUUAAACUCAGGCGCUGGGGAUGGUGGAGGGGAGAGGCAAGGGGUGUGAGGCUGACGAGGAGGAAGGGUGUCUGUCCUCAGAUCUUCUGGCUUUCAUAAAACAUAAUGGAGGCUAAGUGGGGGCGGGAAAAGUUUUGAUGGCACAGGCCGGGCUGGGGGGGAAGAUGCCUGGCACCUCCCUCCCACUACCUCCUGAAGGCGCUUCUGGCGGACAGGGGAGGCGGACCCGACUAGAGCACUCCCGGCCAAUCAGGAAGGCGCCUGGCGUUCCCUGGCGACCAUUAACGCCCAGCCGUCCGCGGGGUUGGAGGAGGCGGGGCGGCUAGAGCACUAGCCCCAUCGGCCAACCGCCGGGCUUCCUGGGGCGGAGAAGCUGUGCCUCUGGGAGCCGGGGCGGGGCUGUCUCCUUGGCAACUAUCCUAGCCCUCGAGGAGGGAGAAGGGAGGAGGAGGAUCAGGGGAGCCGAGCUGGGUGGGGGCCGGAGGAACGGGAGCGGGCGCGCGCAGGUGCCGGGGAGCGGAGUUCCUGGAGGGGGUCCCAGGCUCAAGGAUCUCGGCGAGACCAAGGGGAGUCCGUCCCGGUUCCCGAGGCGCUGCCGGAGCUGACCCGGAGGCCCGGGAGGGGAGGGAGCGAGACACCGCCCCCGCUGGCGCCGGGAAGCGUCGCUCCUUCUCGCUGACCUUGGUCUCGCUUGUCGCCUCGCCCUUGGCCACACGCACCGACGACGCGGGGCCCGGGAGAUGGACAGACGGGCCUCUGGAGGGACGGAGACCUAGAACAUAGGCACACACACUGCCCCGGUAGCCCCGCGGGCUCCGGGGCGUCCGGUCCUCGCCCACCCCGAGGCCGGGCCCCUCCAGCCCAGGGUUAAUGCCAACGAGUUUCCACCUCCAGCGGCUCCUAGAGAGGCCGCGGCGCGAGCCGGCGGGGGGACCUGGCCGCGGACGGACACUUCCUGUGCGGGGGAGGGGGGGCUGGGCGGCCGUUGGACAGUGCAGCCCAGCCCGGGGCUGGGGUCCAGAAGGCAACAUGAGUGAGAAUGAGGAAGAGGAAAUUUCUCAGCAAGAAGGCACUGGGGACUAUGAAGUCGAAGAGAUACCAUUUGGGCUUGAACCCCAGAGCCCUGGGUUUGAGCCACAAAGCCCAGAGUUUGAACCCCAAAGCCCCAGAUUUGAGCCUGAAAGCCCGGGGGUUGAGUCCCGAAGCCCUGGGCUUGUGCCCCCAAGCCCUGAGUUUGCACCCAGAAGCCCUGAAUCAGAUUCUCAGAGCCCUGAGUUUGAAUCCCAGAGCCCUAGGUAUGAACCCCAAAGCCCUGGCUAUGAACCUCGGAGCCCUGGGUAUGAACCCCGGAGCCCCGGCUAUGAACCCCGGAGCCCUGGCUAUGAAUCUGAGAGCUCUAGAUAUGAAUCCCAGAACACUGAGCUCAAAACCCAAAGCCCAGAAUUUGAAGCUCAAAGUUCCAAAUUCCAGGAAGGUGCGGAGAUGCUUCUGAACCCCGAGGAAAAGAGUCCUUUGAAUAUCUCCGUAGGAGUUCACCCCCUGGACUCCUUCACUCAGGGGUUUGGGGAGCAGCCCACAGGGGACCUGCCCAUAGGGCCACCUUUUGAGAUGCCCACAGGGGCCCUGCUGUCUACACCGCAGUUUGAGAUGCUUCAGAAUCCCCUGGGUCUCACAGGAGCCCUUCGAGGUCCAGGUCGGCGGGGUGGCCGGGCCAGGGGUGGGCAGGGCCCUCGGCCUAACAUCUGCGGCAUCUGCGGGAAGAGCUUCGGGCGGGGCUCCACCCUGAUCCAGCACCAGCGCAUCCACACCGGUGAGAAGCCCUACAAAUGUGAGGUCUGCAGCAAGGCUUUCUCCCAGAGCUCUGACCUCAUCAAACACCAGCGCACCCACACUGGCGAGCGGCCCUACAAAUGUCCCCGUUGCGGCAAGGCCUUCGCCGACAGCUCUUACCUGCUUCGCCACCAGCGCACUCACUCUGGCCAGAAGCCCUACAAGUGCCCACAUUGUGGCAAGGCCUUCGGCGACAGCUCCUACCUCCUGCGACACCAGCGCACCCACAGCCACGAGCGGCCCUACAGCUGCACCGAGUGCGGCAAGUGCUAUAGCCAGAACUCGUCCCUGCGCAGCCAUCAGAGGGUGCACACCGGUCAGAGGCCCUUCAGCUGUGGCAUCUGCGGCAAGAGCUUCUCCCAGCGGUCGGCCCUUAUCCCCCAUGCCCGCAGCCACGCCCGGGAGAAGCCCUUCAAGUGCCCUGAGUGCGGCAAGCGCUUUGGCCAGAGCUCGGUGCUGGCCAUCCACGCCCGCACCCACCUGCCAGGCCGCACCUACAGCUGCCCCGACUGCGGCAAGACCUUCAAUCGCUCCUCCACUCUCAUCCAGCACCAGCGCUCCCACACGGGCGAGCGGCCCUACAGGUGCGCCGUGUGCGGCAAGGGCUUCUGCCGCUCCUCCACGCUUCUGCAGCAUCACCGGGUCCACAGUGGCGAGCGGCCUUACAAGUGCGAUGACUGCGGAAAGGCCUUCUCCCAGAGCUCCGACCUCAUCCGCCACCAGCGGACCCACGCGGCGGGCCGGCGCUGACCUGGGGCCCCAGCAGGGGUGGGAGGUGUGGGCAGAAGAUAAGGGGCCAGGGAGCUAGAGGAACCUUUAGGGAGGAUAGUGGAGAAGCCGCAGGAGAAUGGAGGAGCUGAGGAUGCUGGAAGAAGAGGACCAGGGUGGAGGAAGUGACAUGCCCUGGAGACUUGUGGGAAGUGGGUUGGAGGGAGGCCAGGCCGGCAGCGGGAGGCCCUGGGAGAAAUGGAGAGAGGUCAGCGGAGGGCUGGCCUCAGCCGCGGCUCCUUGGUGGGUGCCUGGCUUGGCAACUGCUAGAGCAGGGAGGGGGGAGGGCAGGGGAUUACCUAAUUAGAGUGGGUUAGUUUAGAUUGGUAGCUGCUGAAACCCUCGUUGAGUCAGGAACGGGUAAAAGGUAGGUGGGGUGGGGAUUGGGGCCCCGGGGUGGGGCCUGGGCCUCUGCGUGCAAACCCCAGCCUCCCUCUUCUUCCUCAGGCUUUGGAGCCCCUGAGUUUGAGUUCAAUAAAAACUUUAUGUGGUAAA